CUACUUUAUUAUUUCAUAGUGAGAGAGAUUCAAAGACGGAAGUGACAAUGUGGAUGGCUUUAGCUACCACCAUUUUCACAACCAUGGUAGCCGUCGCUUCAUCGGCAGCGUCUACCGUGACCUUCGUCUUCGGUGACUCCUUGACAGAAGUAGGGAACAACAACUAUCUGUCGUAUUCUCUUGCAAGGUCAAAUUAUCCUUGGUAUGGUGUCGAUUAUGACGGUGGUCGAGCUACUGGGAGGUUCACUAAUGGAAGAACCAUUGGCGACAUAAUAUCCAAAAAGCUUGGGAUUCCAUCACCACCACCUUAUCUAUCCUUGGCACAGAAUGAUGAUGCACUGCUUAAAGGGGUUAAUUAUGCAUCUGGUGGAGCAGGAAUACUCAAUGACACUGGACUCUAUUUUAUUCAGAGAAUGUCGUUUGAUGAUCAAAUACAAAAUUUCAACAAGACAAGGGAAGCCAUCAAGGCUAAGAUUGGGGCAGAGGCUGCAGCCAAGCUUUGCAGUGAAGCCAUCUACUUCAUUGGACUUGGCAGCAAUGAUUAUGUCAACAAUUACCUGCAACCCUUUUUAGCUGAUAGUCAGCAGUACACUUAUGAUGAAUUUGUGGAAUUAUUGUUCCGUACCUUAGAGGGACAACUUAAGAGGCUCUACCAGCUGGGUGCCCGAAAGAUGGUGUUCCAUGGUCUCGGACCACUUGGCUGCAUUCCUUCUCAGAGGGUGAAAUCAAAGACAGGCCAGUGCUUGAAAAGAGUGAACGAGUGGGUGCUAGAAUUCAACUUCAAAGUACAAAAGCUCAUUGCCUCUCUUAACAGGCAGCUCCCACAGGCAAAGCUCUCAUUUGCAGACACGUAUGGAGACGUCUACGACUUAAUCCAAAACCCUACCGCUUAUGGGUUCAAGGUUUCGAACACUUCGUGUUGCAAUGUGGACACAGACAUUGGAGGGCUAUGCUUGCCUAAUUCAAAGCUAUGCCCCAACCGGAAAGACUACGUAUUCUGGGAUGCAUUCCACCCAUCCGACGCAGCCAAUGCGGUUCUCGCAGACAAACUCUUCUCGAGGCUAUUUUCCCCGAUUCCUUCCAGUGCACCAACACCAACACCAGCACCUUCACCCUAGUUGGCAUCUCUGGCCAUGAUAAUUGAAGCAUAUAUAGUAGAGAACCAUUGAGGCAAUAAUGCAAGCAAGGUUCUAUAAGACGUGAGCGGCAAGUACGAGCUUGGUGACUAUGUAUCCAAACGGGGCCUAGGUGUUUUUUUAAUUUAAAUUAAAUUUAUUA